GGCGCCGCAGGCAUGGUGUCCCAGGCGCUGCAGCUGCUCCGGCAGGGCGUGUGGGCCGCGCUCACCGGCGGCUGGUACCACGACCCGGAGCAGAGCGAGUUUACCAACAGCUGCCACCUCUACCUGUGGCUCUUCCUGCUUCUGCUGCCCUUGGCCCUGCAUCUGGCUUUUCCUCCAAAUGCUAUCACUGCAUUUUUUUACUGCAGUUCAGUGACUAUAUUCUUCACAAUAAUCAAAUUGGUCAGUUAUCGCCUACACCUCAUGUUUGAUAAAGGAGAAUUAAUUCAGCAGAGGCCCUCUGGAAAGAAAGAAAAGCCAAAUAAAGACAAAGAGGCCAACAAGGAACAUAUAACUAAUCACAAAAUUCCAAGCAAUAACAGGCAGAUUAACAAUGGCAAAAAGGAAGAGCCUCAUCGAAGCCUCUCCACGCCUCCCCUCCGCUGCAGCUCCCGAGGGCAAAGCAUAAACUCUCAUCACUCAUCUGGGCCCCUGGAGUUGCCGGCACAGGAAACAGUGGAAGAUCUCAAAGGUGUCAUUCUCUCGGAAGACCAAGCGGUAGGACCAGCGUCCUCUACCUCACCCGCCGUUAAAAUGGAAAGCUCAGCUGCUUGUAGAGCGUCCGGCCGGGAAACCAUGACCGCACCAGCAGAACCCACGGAGCCAGCUGUGGCAGAACCUGGAAUCGGCGACAAAGCGAAGGAGAGAGGAGGCCAGGCGCAGCCCCCCUUCCGCCACAGAUCCGAGGGCGGCUUAGUGGAGAAGGAAGCCUUGAAGAAGUCGCCGCAGCUGUCCUUGUCUCAGUACGACCCACUAGAAACGGACGUUUCCUUCCAGCCCUGGGGCAGCGAGAAUUCCGUCCGGAGUCCGGAACCUGUGGUUUGUGCCCAGGGCUCCUUAAGGGAACAGUGGCAAAGCCAGUCAGCCGAGGACAGCCUGAGCGGCAGCGGCCCCCAGUGCAACACGGUGAUCGCCAGAGCCGCGCGCCCCGCGCCCGGCGCCCCCGGGCGCGCGGACCCGCCCCCGACCCAGGAAGUGGACAGCUCGGACAGUGAGGUGGCUGUCACUCUUAUUGACACUUCUCAACCUGGAGACCCGCUGAGUCUGCGGGAGCCCAUUAAAAUCGUCAUCACCAUGAGCAGCAGCCCGAACUCCCUGACGGACUUGGAAAGCUCGCUCCCCCUGAAGGUGAUCGGCACCGAGAGGGCCGGCUUGAAGUCCGACGCCGAGCCGGCCGCCCCGGGGGUGGCCAGUCCUCCCAGCACGCAGCAAAGAAUUCCUGUCAUCACCCUUGAGCUCUCCGAGGACGGGGGAGGAGGCGCCAUGUGUCCCGAAGGCAACGGAAGUGACAGGACCCCGGAGAGAUUGACGGUGGAGGCGUCAUCCAAUCAGUGUUCGGGCUAUGAAUCCGGGGAGGGGGGAAAUGCCCCAAAGGAUGGCAGUCCGUCCCCGGGAGACCGCUGUGACACAAGGCCCCCCUUCACACCUCACGAGGUCCCUGAGUCUGAGGGGGGAAAGGAAGGCCAGGCUAACCUUGACCCGUCAUCCUGUAAAACUAGCCACGAAAAGAGACACACCCGGGUUCUCAGUGUGGACAGUGGGACGGAUGUCUUCCUGAACAAAACUUCCACAGACAUGAUCAACGAUAAAGAAAAAACAAUGCCAACUUCCAAAUCUGACCUAGAGGCUAAGGAAGGACAGAUACCAAAUGAAUCCAACUUCCUAGAAUUUGUCUCCCUAUUAGAAUCAAUCAAUACUUCCAAGCUGGCGGCAUCCAGCCAAAGGAGUGGCCCAGGAGAGCAGGACAAAAACAGUGGGCUUCUCGGAGAUAACUGCUCCCAUGAGGAAAAGGAGGAAAUCCAAGAAAGUGAAAAACCUAAUGAACACAGUUCCAAGCAAGGAAAACCAGACCUGCCAAGUCAAGACCACACUAGCACCAGCCCGGUGCUCACUGAGCCUGCCAAGAUCACGACCCUUUUCCAGGGCAAUAGACAAAGACAAAUAAUCUACAGGGUAACUUCCCAGCAAGAUAGUUCUGUCUUGCAAGUCAUCAGUGGGCCUGAAACAUCUGUGCAAGAUGAGAUGUCUGUGGAUGCUAUGCAUGUCUUCAUUGAUGAACAUGGGGAAAUUAGAUCCUGUUACUUAAAGUCUGGAAAUCAGAAAGAAGGCCCUUUACAGCAUCCACCAUCAAAUUAUGACAGUCUCUCUCAUGCUCGAUUCGAGCUCUUUUGUAACCAGCCCUCCAUUCCCAGAGCUGCCUGGAUUUUACCACAGGGCAUUUCCUCAGAGGAGCUGAGAGCUUUCCGCCGGGUGAAGCCGUGGCUCCGCUGCUGGGGGCUGCUGAAUGUUUUUGUGCUGAGCACCCCUGCGAAGCCAUGUGGAGGGUCUCAGCAUCUGAGUCAGGAUCUGGAAGACUCGUCAUGUUCUUCAACACAAGGAAAAUUUAACCGAGAGCAGUUUUACAAGUUUAUCAUUUUCCCUGGCAAGUGGAUUAAAGUCUGGUACGAUCGACUUACCUUGUUGGCGUUACUUGAUCGAACGGAAGAUGUCAAGGAAAAUGUGCUGGCAGUUCUACUCAUUGUCCUGGUUUCCCUCCUCGGAUUUCUGACAUUGAACCAAGGCUUUUGCAAGGACAUGUGGGUGCUCCUCUUCUGCCUUGUCAUGGCCAGCUGCCAGUAUUCCCUGUUAAAGAGCGUUCAGCCUGACCCCGCCUCGCCAAUCCACGGACACAACCAAAUCAUAACAUAUAGCAGACCAAUCUAUUUUUGUGUGCUGUGUGGCCUUAUUUUGCUUCUUAAUACAGGGGCCAAAGCCCGGCACCCUCCCACUUACGUUGUCUAUGGCCUGAAGCUCUUCUCUCCAAGGUCCCUCCAGUCAGCUAGGGACCUCUUAAUAG